AAGUCUCACAUCACAUCCCUUUUCUUCCAAGCUAGUUUACUGAGUGUCAUAAACAUGAAAUUAGUUGGGUUAGUAUUGUGCAUUGUGCUGGUGGUGGUUGGCUUUAACGGUCGGUGGUCAGCUGAAGCUGCCACAAACUGUAACCCGAUCCAACUAAGCCCAUGUGCCACUGCAAUCUUAUCGUCCACAGCCCCAUCAGAAGCUUGCUGUGGAAAGAUCAAGGAGCAGCGGCCUUGCCUUUGCAACUACAUCAAGAACCCAAGAUUGCAGAAGUUUAUCAACACUCCAAACGCUAGAAAGGUUGCAGCUACUUGUGGCACCCCUUUCCCCACUUGUUAAUCAGUUAAGAAACCCUCACGCACUUGUCCGUACGUGUUUAGUAUGUGUGUGUGCAUGUGUUUUUAAUUUGUUUGAAGGUUGUUAAGUUCUAAAACAAGGCACUUAUUUUUCUUAGUAGUAUUUGGGAGGGUACUAUGUACGGAAUUGUAUUGUUUUUAUUUGGUUAAUGGUACUAUGUAGUAUGUCUGAAUUAUGAAUAUAUUAAGAACCUGUGUUUACUUUAAA